AAAUGUCUAUUAUCAAGUGAUAAAUGAAAAUUACUAGAUACUGUAAUAUUCAUUUGACGGUUCAUUUUAAAAAAGUUCUUCGGAAAAGCAAAAUAAUAACUGAGGAAAUUUGUUUGCAACUAACUGACGGAUUUUCCGGAUAAUUACUUUAUUAAUAAUAUUUUCAAACAACUUCCUGUACAUGAAAUAAAAAUUAAGUGAAAAUAGGUACAUGGUAUAUAUUCAAAUUUCGUGUUAAUUCCAAAUUCUGGGCCAUGGUUAGCCAAUAAUAUUCCUUCAGCUAAUUUACAGUUUAUCAAUGCGUAAACCUUUCACGUUUACGGUAUAGGUAAAAUGUAAUUGUAACCCACUUUCGUAAAUACCUUUUGUUUUAAUGUUUCGAGCAAUAGGCACAUCAUUUUCUAACCAACGAUAGUAUGUAUCUACGAAUAAAACUUUCGUUCAACAUAACAUUUAUGCCCAGGCAGAUAACUAAAUACACGUUUGUGAUUGCGAUUAAAACUUUCAUUUUCCGUACAAUCUUUACACAUACAUUAUUCAUAAGAUUACUUGAAUUAUAAGCCCCACUUUCAGUGUAGCUUUCACUUAAGGUACCUACAACUUAAACUGCAACAUGUAUGUACAUUAACUUGGUUUUUAGUUUUAGUAAUAUUCCGAGUGUAAUAAUUAUUUAUUAAUACAUGAGAAGAUAAAAAUGUUAAUAGUCAAUUGUUAAUUCAGCGUUAAAAAAAUAAAUUUUUGUAACCGCAUAUUCCACUAGGAACUCAAUGUAAUGUACCGAUCAUCCUUAGGAAUGUUUGUGGAAAAAGAGUAACUCCAUAUAUGACUGAAUACUUUUUAAUGUUGCUUGAGGUUUUGUGUGAUGAUUGCAAGUUGCAAGUGAUCGAACGAAUGUAGUUGUAUUACUGUAUGCCUUUGUUACUGAUUAAUUUGCCACAAAUUAGAUCGAACCGUUAUGUAACCACAAUUGCAAACAUCAUCAAACUUUUUUGUCCUGCGACUUCGUCUUAUUUUCUCAUCGAAUUAUAACGAACAUUUUUAUGUGAACUCCUCUUUAAAGAAGUUGUUUGUUUUGGUUGUCGGUUAAUAGUGACAGUAUCAUAGGAUUCAUCGUCAUGUUAGUUCAUCUAGUGACUCUCUUUCUUUUUGUUUCUGAAGGUUUGUGUGGUAAAAAGCCUGAACCGUAUUACGGUCGUGAGAUUGGAAAAUUGCAGCAGUUCGCUCAUGGGAUCAAAGGGAUCGUGUAUGCUGUAGAUGAAAGCACGAUAUUUAUUAAGGGUUUUUCUUAUGAUGGAACUGGCCCAGAUGCUUUCUUCUGGAUUGGAAACUCUCCGAGACCUAGUCCUGAUGGCUACAUAGUACCUUAUCCAGAGGAUUACAGCGGAAGGGAACCCCCAGUUCUUGGAGAACACAACAAUUCUGACAUUAUCCUGAGACUUCCUAUGGGAAAAAGAUUAAAAGACAUCCGAUGGUUGUCAGUAUGGUGCAGAAGAUUUACUGUGGAUUUCGGUGAAGUGUUCAUCCCACCAAAUUUAGAGGUUCCGAAACCCCGCGUGCUCCCAGAGUUUAAAAGAUUGGCUCACGGUUUGCGUUCGGACAACAUAAGUAUCCUAGAUGCUAAAACAUUCUACAUCCCGAAUUUGCAUUACGAUGGUGCCGGGCCUGACGCGUAUUUCUGGGUGGGCAACGGAACAGAACCUUCUCCUUUCGGUAUCAAAGUGCCAAAUGAGAUGGGAUCGUUAGAUCCUCUUCGGGGAUAUCAAGGAGAAGAUAUCGAAAUUCAAUUGCCCGGAAGUUUAACCGUUUACGAUAUAGACUGGCUCGCUGUUUGGUGUGUACAGUAUCGGCAUAAUUUCGGACAUGUUAUGAUACCCAAAGAUCUUGAUGUUCCCCCAGCUCUUGGGCAAACGAAGAUUUCGCCGCCUUGGUGGUACAAUCCCACGAGUACAACCAGCAAACCUUCAACCCCCACAAAUUGUCGAGAGCUUUUGAAUGGACGUCUUCAAGUUCGAUGGGUGAUGAAGGACGAUUUGGUCGAAAUUACACUUUCAGCAAAAAUGAGAGAGGACCAAUAUGUCGCUUUUGGAUUAUCCGGAUCCUCAAGUAAACCACAAAUGAUUGGGGGAGACAUUACAGUAGCGUUUUAUGAUACAUCGUCAAGAAGUUUUAAAGCAGUUGAUUACUACAUAUCACACAUUAGUCAAUGCGAUGGCAAACUGGGCGUCUGUCCUGAUGAGAGGAUAGGUGGCCGAAACGAUGUGAUACUUUUAAAUGGCGAAAGAAAGAAUGGGGUCACAACAAUCACUUACACAAGACCUCUUCAAACGAACGAAGCAAUAAAUGAUCGACCCAUUCCAUCGCAAGGCGAAGUAAGUAUAAUAGCAGCAAUCGGACCUUUGAAUGCGCGCAAAGAAGCGAACGCUCAUUCUCCAAUGGACAAAAAUUCGGACGAUAUCAGGAUUGAUUUUAGUAGCUUCGACGACCACGAAUGUACCGCUAGUUUAUACGAUCUUGUGGAUGAUGAUGGACCAAAACCGUGGACACCAGCCAAAAUUAUCGGCGAAUCCGAAUUUAUAGCUCGAAUAGGACCCACGGGUGGUAAGAGAGGUUACACUCCCCUUACAGGUCAUCCAUCUUGGGGAAUAGCUUGGUACAUCAAUGAACUUCUUAUCCCCGAAAUCACUGUAGAAAGGGGUCAAACAUACACGUUUAUAGUAGAAGGAGGGAAUGACAAUACCAACCCUGCAAGGUACCACCCUUUGUACAUCACUGACAGUAGCGAAGGCGGUUUUGGUCAGAAGAAUUUGAAUGAGCAGAAAAAACAAAAAGUUUACGCUGGUAUCGCGUACGAUCGGGAAGGAUAUCCGUUCCCUACUGCAACCGGAAGGUACUGCGAAUACGUUCAUAAGACUAUCGACAAGUCCGCGGAAACGGAAACGUUUAAGGAAUAUUUCGAAACAUUCAGACUGGAAUGUGACCAAGGAGAGCCAGGGUACUUGAAUUGGACGGUUCCAAUGGACGCUCCAGAUUUACUAUAUUAUCAGUGUUAUACGCACAACAAUCUCGGAUGGAAAAUCAAUGUGGUCGAUCCGGGUUAUAUUUCCCAUCAGAAUGGGGAAAACAUUAGUGCUGGUACAUUAUCGAAACCAUUAGUUGCCAUGACAGCAAUUACUUUUGUUUUACUUAUAACACGUAACUUCGAUAACCAUUUGUAACAUUCAUGCGAAACCAUAUGACAAUACUAUUUACUGCUGAAAGACUUUAUGUAAAUGGAAUGAAUGUGAGAAACGACAAUAACAAAUUAUCAUUAUCACAUAGAUAUAAGUAUUUUACAUCCGUUUAGUCCAUUUCAAUAUUGAGUGUUUUUAUAUAUUGUACUUUGAAAACGAAAGCAAUUAUAAGAAGCUUCUUGUUAUAAAAAACCUAAACAUUUUCACGAAAUAAGCAAUAAUCGAGAGAGAUAAUUAUCUAAUAUUUGUUUCAAUGUCUACAACAUUCGUAAAAUUAUUGAUACUAUAAAUUACUUAUAAUUCAAACAAAGUUUCUGUAAUAUCUUCCCACACAUAUCUAUAACUUCUUUAUAAGGAAAAUAGUUAAGUUUAAUAUUACUUUCCUGUAAAGUUUGUUAUAAAAUUUGUUCUUAAAGCUGAACUAAUGUCACGGUGAACCUAUUGUGAAAACGGCUUUAGUCAAAUAUACCUACAUAUUAUUUCGAAUAAACGUAUCUUAUCCACAGACUUUAGGAUAAUAUUGAGGUAUACAGGUAACAUGAGAUAGCAGGUGCCUGGAGUCCAUUGGCUAGCCGCAGUAACGCAGAGUUGCAGCCAAUACAAUCUAGGCACCACCGUAUGGGUACCAUCCAUCAUCUUCAUCUCGCGUCAUAUAUUAUUCCUUCGUCUUUGGUGUAUGAUUAUUUCAGCAUUUUACUGUACAAAAUUAAACAAAAUAUACCACUUUCUUUAGUUUCACCAAAGUUGAGAAGAUUGAGACCUCAAUAACUAUCGUUUAUCUUUACCAUUAUUCUGUAAGUUUAGGUGAAAUAGUUGCCAUGAUAAGAAGUUUCUCAUAACUGCAUUUCUUGAGUUGUUACAAAGGAAAAUCUGUAUGUACUUAUAUUGCUAUACAUCAUUAAGUAAUGUAACUUACUGUAGAUGUAUCUACACGUGUCGUCUUUUAUGAAAUGUUUUGCCUGCUUUCACUCUAAAAGGGACAUGAUCACAUUACACCUCGAACAAAUGCAUAAAAAUGGCUAUUCCUUUUCAGAAUAGAAGAUGGGUUGAUAAGGCCAAUUUUGGUCUAUCCAACGAUUUUUUAAAUAAUUUCUUUAAUGAGCUCAGAAGUAAACCGAUUUAGAACACACUAAUAUACUAUUAUAAAAUAAAAAUAUAAAAAUAACAGAUAAUCUACAUUAUUCAAAACAGCAAAAUUAAAGAACAAAUUUAAAAAUUGAUAAUACAGAAGCAAAAGAAAGUAUAUAGUGAGUAUCGUAGACCAAAAAUAGGCUCUGUAAAUCAACUCCCACAUUAGGGUGAGAGUAGACAUGACCUAUAAACAUAGCCAGUUACUGGUGCGUCAAUUUAUGAGAAUGUUAGACAAUAAAAGGUGAUGAUUGCUAUUUGCACAAAUUCGACAAUAAUUUUAAAGAACUAUCUGUAAAUGAUAUUGUAUAAUGUAUAUCUAUUAUAUAUGCUAAUCUCGAGGCUGUCUUUUGACAAUAACGACUACUUUUAUUGAUUUUAUAUUUGAAAUGCUUCUAUUUAUGGUCUUUAAACGUUUAAUAUUGCUAUUUAAUAAUAAUAUAUAGAAUUUCUAUUGCAAAUAAUACAUAACUGAAGCAGAAAAUAAUAAGAGAAUCUUUUUUAUUGUGAAAAAUAGUACUUUAGUACAUAAUUAUAUAGUAACAUUUUUAGAGACAUCUAUUGUUUAUAUUUAUCUCAUUAUCGGUAUUAAUUGAUUCCUGGAUAAGAUUUUUUAAAUAAAUACAAUAGGUUACAAACUCUGUAUACAAAAAUAACAUUUUCGGCAGUUUUUGUAAACUACUGUCUACAUAAUACUGUUCUUGGUUUAUCAUUUUUAUAGAUUAAUAUAGGUACUGGACAUAUUUGACAACGAAACACAUUUCACACUAGUUUUUAAAACAACUGCAAUUAUUCGUAAUAAAAUCUACAAAAAGUUUCAUAAAAUGCAUGAUGUAAAUAAAGUCCUCCCAAGAAGUAGUACUUUUUUAAAACUCAAUUUAAUACACUUUUCACUUAUUAUUUUUCAUUAAAAUUUGAAUAUUUUGUUUGAUAAAAAAUAUUGAAUGCAACUAAAAUAUUCAUGGUUAAAAUAUAGUUUGUUGCAAUUUCCUCAAAGCAUAUCAAAUAAAAAGAGAAACAGUUUUACCUUAUCUACGAAAUGCUAACUGUUUAAAAUGUGUAUUUUAUUAAAGUAUGUAUGUAGGUAUGUAUUAGUAAAGGUAUGUAGUUAACAAGAAGAUUUUUGAUGUCUAGUAUUUUUUGUUAUUAAAUAAUACCGUUAUUAAAUAUUUUUUACGUUAUUGUUAAGAUGAUCUGUACGCCAGAAUCCAUCUUCUGAGUGUUGAGGUUGAAUAAUUAAUUUAUUGGAGUGCCUUUUUUAUGACUUUCAACUUUUACGCCCAUGCGAAUGUUUAAAGUGAAGGUUUACUUAACUUUUACUAAGUCUUGAUACUUCUUAGUGUUUUUAGAGUAAAUUUCAUAUGUAUAUUGUUAUUCCGUUUAUAAA